UGCCCUGCCUCUGUGCGCGUGGGCGUGGCCCCGCUAGGGGCCUGUUGUCCCGCUGCCGCGGCGAGCUCGGACCCACGUCCUCAGGAGCAGCGCGCUCUGCAGGGGCCAAGAUGGAUCUCGUGCUCAGUGUUGCGGAUUAUUACUUUUUUACCCCGUAUGUAUAUCCAGCCACGUGGCCAGAGGACAACAUCUUUCGCCAAACCAUCAGUCUCCUGAUUGUAACAAACAUCGGCGCGUACAUCCUUUAUUUCAUCUGCGCAACGCUGAGCUAUUAUUUUGUCUUUGAUCAUGACUUAAUGAAACAUCCACAGUUUUUAAAGAAUCAAGUCUAUCGAGAGAUUAAGUUUACCGUCCAGUCAUUGCCGUGGAUCAGUAUUCCCACUGUUUUAUUGUUCCUGCUGGAGUUGAGAGGUUACAGCAAAUUAUAUGAUGAUGUAGGAGAGUUUCCAAAUGGGUGGUUUCACCUCGUCCUUAGCGUAAUAUCCUUCCUCUUUUUCACCGAUAUGCUCAUCUACUGGAUUCACAGAGGCCUUCACCACAGACUCGUGUAUAAGCGCAUACAUAAGCCUCAUCACAUUUGGAAGAUUCCGACUCCAUUUGCAAGUCACGCUUUUCAUCCUGUGGAUGGCUUUCUUCAAGGCCUCCCUUACCACAUAUACCCUUUUAUCUUCCCAUUGCACAAGGUGGUUUAUUUGGGUUUGUAUGUCUUGGUUAAUAUCUGGACCAUUUCCAUUCAUGACGGUGAUUUUCGUGUCCCCCAAAUCUUAAAGCCAUUUAUUAACGGCUCAGCUCAUCACACAGACCACCACCUGUUCUUUGACUAUAACUACGGACAGUAUUUCACGCUGUGGGAUAGAAUUGGAGGCUCGUUCAAAAGUCCUUCUGCCUUUGAGGGGAAAGGGCCACUUAACUAUGUGAAGAAGAUGACAGAAGAACGCAGCAGCCUUGCACAAAAUGGUCAUAAAAACGAAAAGCUAUUGAACGGCGAGUUUACAAAGACUAAGUAGACUAUUGCCCAGUUAUUAAAUAUUUUUAAUAAGGAGAAAUCAUCUAAGUGUAGCCAAGAUACAUAGCAAGUAAAUAGUAUCAUUUGAAUCAGCAUCGUGGCUACUGCUGAGGAGUGAUUAUAAUGGUAGGUCAAAGGAAGAUACUGUGAGCACCAAGAUUUUAAUCUCUU